AUGCACUUCACACUCACCUCACUCUCCCUCCUUCUGGCCGGCAUGGCCACAGCUAGCUCCUCCUCCGCGAGCUCCUCCGCAACCUUCACACCUGUGACCUCCGUCCCCGCCAUGCCAUCAAUCACCCUCCCUCCCACUUCCGCUGUGAAGAGCGCCAUUUCCGCCGUUCCAUCUGCCUCCUGGUCCUCCAUCGCUGCCGCUGAGUCCUCUGCUGCCGCCCAGAUCAUUCACUCGGACGAGUACGACUGUGCCCACCAGGACUACGGUUGCAACUGGGUGGCGUCUGACUACACCUACGGCGAUGACUACUGCGGUUCCUCGCCCUUCGAGGCUGGUGCGCAGCUGAGCGAGGACCACAUGGUCCUGGCUGUCUCCAAGGACGGCUCUGGAGAUUGUGACUCCAAGGCCGGUAGCCAAUGCUGCGACGUCCUUGCUGAGUCUCCCUGCAAGCGCGGCGAGAAGUACCUUGAAUGCGUGAAGCCUUAA